AUGAUGGAGGCUGAUGAAAAAGUUGAUCGUUGCCAAAUUCAACUAGUCGAAAACGAUAAUGUGUUUCUGACUAAACACAUCUUUCUUGAAUCCAUUGGACUCCCUAGCUCUGCAAUUCGUUCUUGCUACGAGACUCCAUCCACUGCUCAUGUUUUUCAAAAACUAUUGGAGAUUGGCCACAAAGUUCCCCUAGACAUUACAAGCAACUUUAAAAAAUCGAAGCUUCCAUUCACUUGGAACUUCCUUGUGCACAUCAUCAUUCAUUGUCUCACUGGAAAGACUAGAGGAACUAAUCAACCCAGCACCACUUGGCGUCAAAUUAUUUGGGGCAUCAUCACUGGAAGACCAGUAGAUUACACUACAUGUCUUUGGAACGAUUUAAAGGAAUACAUCGUCACACGAAACAUGGAGAUCCCACUCACUCACUUCUGGAUCGUCUGUCUUGAGUCCCUCUACAAUGUCCCAAAGAUACUAGUCGAUGAAUCUAUGGAAUUGGUAGAGACUUGCCAAAUAAAGAGAUUUGUUAUUCCUGAAUAA